UUUAAACAAUUAUGUCAGUCUCGUAUCAGCAUUCAUAGCGUGCGGUUGUGCGUAAGUCGAUUAGUAUAGUAUGCGUAUAGUAUGUGUUACAUGGACCUUGCUCUCUAAUCAUUCAAGAUAAUUUCGAACUGCUCAAAGUGUAACGAAACAAUAAUAACGAGCGAUGAAAUUAUCUGUUCGCAAUGCAAAUUUAAAUGGGAUAAACCAAAAAAUAUAAGUUCUAAAUCUACGGAUUCGGAAACUUCACUGCGGGAUUUUGCGAAUUCUAUGAAUUACAUGAGUCAACAUUUUGAUGACUUUAGUAUAACAGUUAUUAAAAUCUUAGAAGAGAUGAAAGAGAUUCGUAAAGAAAAUGUUAGAAUCGCAAACGACAAUAUAAAACUUACUCAAGAAAUAUCUGAUCUUAAAUAUCGGCUAGAUGGCAUAGAGCAAUCUAGCCUUAAAUCUACUAUCGAAAUAAUUGGCAUCCCCACAAUACCAAAUGAAAUAUGUAAAGAAACUGCCAUGAACAUAGCGCAAGUACUAAACACAGUCAUCAAAAUUGAAGAAGCUUAUCGUGUACCUAUUACAGUGAACGGAGAAAAUAAAAUUAUUGCUCGAUUAACACAACCGGGUAUGAAAACAGCCAUUAUAGCAAACUGCAAACUAAAUAAAACAUUUAAUCUUUCCAACUUUAACCCGACAUGGUCGAAAGAUAAGCGUGUAUUUAUCAAUAAUAAUCUCACUUAACACUGAAGACAACUAUAUGGUAAGACCAGAGCAGCGGCCAAACAAAAAAAUUACAAAUUCGUAUGGAUCAAUGAUAAUGCAGAUAUUCUAAUCCGACAUGACGAAAACUCUAAGCCCUAAGGUACGAAAAAUCUACUCGGAAUCCGAUUUAAACAUGAUAUAAUGCACGAAUAUAAAUCCACACUCUUAAUAAUUAUUAUUUUCAACAUGUCGGUAUAUUUUAUAUUCUAUAUCUUAUACUAUUUAUGUUUUAAAUCUGUAAUUAAGACGCACAAUAUGCACUUCUGUUAUCACAUAACUAAUUGGACUACUACGGCGUCAUUAA